UUAGCCUCAGCACUGUCAACCAACUCCCAUCUAGCUGAACUCGAUCUGAGUUACAAUAAUCCAGGAAGUGCAGGGAUACAGAUGCUGUCAAAUAGAAAACUAAAAAUCAAUAUUGAUGGUUGUUCAGAAGUCAGGCUUAGAAAGGGAAUGAAGAAAUAUGCCGGAAAGCUUGACCUGGACCUCGACACGGCCCACAGGCAGCUCUCUGUGGACAAGGAGAUGAAGAUGGCCAAGUAUGUGGAGGAGAAGCAGCAAUACCUGGACCAUCCAAACAGAUUUGACUGUUACCGGCAGGUCCUGUGUGCAGAGCCUCUACACGGACGUUUUUACUGGGAGGUUGAGUGCAAUGGCUUCUGUGUUGUUGGAGUGGCCUACCAAGGCCUUUGCAGGGGUGGUUUUUCUGAUGGCUGUCUGGGAUACAAUAAAUUGUCUUGGUGCCUGGAGUGUAACUGUAAGUUCACAGUUAUGCACAAUAAGAAAAUGAUUAAGGUACCUGUCCCCUGCCUUGAAAGAAACAGAAUAGGAGUUUAUCUGGACUGGGUGGCUGGCGCUCUGUCCUUCUACAGCUUCUCAUUUGACAGUAGGCACCACCUGCACACGUUCCACUGCACGUUCACUGAGCCCCUCUAUGCAGCGUUUGGGGUCUGUAGAGACGAGGCCUUCAUCAGACUAUGCCAGGUCUAACAGACACCUGGGACCACACCGCGUUGUGUGACAAUUGGCUGGCUUGAGUUCAAUCCGGAACCUGCUGUUUUGAGGCUGUUGUGUCGCUUUGGAUGAAGGCAUCUGCUGAACACCAGUGAAUACCAGUCACUUUGCUGUACUUUAUGAAAGGGUCAUUUAGUGGGCCUUACCAGAGAAAGAAGUGUGU